AUGAGCAGCCGCCUGUUGCAGGCUGCAGGCCGGCACGCCUAUGCCAGAGCAUCACUGCCGGCGCUGCGACAGCCGCUGCUGGCGACACCCCUUCGUCUUCGGGCGCGAGCCCGCGUCCCGGGCCAUGUGUCUCGCACCGUGUCCUGCGCUUCCUCGACGGCGGGCGUUGGCGCUGGCGUGAGGGAGACGUUCGACAAGUGCCGGGAACAGGGCAGGGUGGCGCUGAUUCCGUUCAUCAUGGCCGGCGACCCCGACCUGGACACGACGAAGAAGGCGAUCUUGGAGCUCGACUCGCUGGGCGCGGACAUCAUUGAGCUGGGGGUGCCCUACAGCGACCCGCUCGCCGACGGACCCGUGAUCCACGAGGCCGCCACGCGCGCGCUGCGGAGCGGCGCCACGAUCGACAAGGUCAUCGCCAUGGUCCGCGAGGUGGCCCCGCAGAUCAAGGCGCCGCUGGUGCUCUUCACGUACUUCAACCCCAUCAUCAACCGGGGCGUGUCCGAGUACUGCAAGUUCAUCAAGGACGCCGGCGCGUCCGCGCUCCUCAUCCCGGACCUCCCGCUGGAGGAGGUCCUCAAGGUGAAGCAGGCCGCGAACGACGCGGGGAUCGAGCUCGUGCUCCUCACCACCCCGACCACCCCGCGCGACCGCAUGGCGAAGAUCGCCGAGUCCUCCGACGGCUUCGUCUACCUGGUCUCCGUCACCGGGGUGACGGGGGUGCGCGCCAAGGUGUCUGACCGGGUCGGCGGGCUCGUCGAGAUGCUCAAGGAGGUCACCGACAAGCCCGUCGCCGUUGGCUUCGGGGUGUCUGCGCCGGAGAACGUCAAGCAGAUCGUGGACUGGGGCGCGGACGGCGUCAUCGUCGGGUCCGCGCUGGUCAAGGCGCUCGGCACGGCGGGCAGCGCGGAGGAGGGGCUCGCCAACUUCAAGGCGCUCGCUGCGUCGCUCCGGGAGGCCGCGCCCGCAGGCAAGUAG